GAGUGAGGCUCCAAUAUAAAAGGGAUAGGUGCCUCCCUGGGCACCACCAUCUCUGCAGCACUCUCCCUUUCAACAGAGCCAGGCAGGUCGUUAUCAGCAGCGCCUUCUGCCACUGGAAACCACAGGAGGCUUUAAUGAGAACAGAGCCCUUCCUGACACUUACAAUCAGAAACUACCUAAAAUAAAGAUUAUAAAAAAAGAAGGAUGAAUAGACCGUCUUUGGUUGGUGGCGCUGGUUACACCCGUCAUGGUCCUCUUUGGACAGAUCCUUUUGGAAAUAACGCUAGUGAAGCAGAGCAUGAAGGCUUCAUCCAGCUAAGCUUGGCCUUGACCCAUGGGCAGCAAGAACAGGAGCCAGAGGAAGAAGGAGCCAUGGAGGAUAUCCCUACAAUGGUCAAACUAGACCAGGCUGAAAGCCAGAUUUCGUCACAUCAAGAGAGAAGGUGUACCCCCAAGAUACUCGGCUAUGUCACUGGCAAUAUGAAAGAAUUUGCCAAAUGGCUUACAGACAAACCUGUGGCACUCCAGUUCGUUGACUGGGUUCUUCGGGGUAUAUCCCAAGUGGUGUUCGUCAGCAACCCCAUCAGUGGGAUCCUGAUUAUAAUAGGACUGUUGAUCCAGAACCCAUGGUGGGCUCUCAAUGGCUGUCUGGGAACAGUGGUCUCCACUCUGACAGCCCUCUUGCUGGGCCAGGACAGGUCAUCCAUAGCCGCCGGGCUCCAUGGUUACAACGCCACACUGGUGGGGAUACUCAUGGCUGUCUUUUCAGACAAGGAAAACUAUUUCUGGUGGCUGUUACUGCCAGUAUCUGUUAUGUCCAUGACUUGCCCCAUUUUCUCAAGUGCACUGAACUCAGUGUUCAGCAAGUGGGAUCUCCCUGUCUUCACUCUCCCUUUCAACAUGGCAUUGUCAAUGUACCUUUCGGCCACAGGACACCACAAUCUAUUCUUUCCAAGUCAACUGAUCACACCUGUAAGCGAGGUUCCCAACAUCACCUGGUCUGACCUCAGUGGCCUAGAGCUAUUGAAGUCCCUGCCAAUAGGGGUCGGUCAGAUAUAUGGCUGUGAUAACCCGUGGACAGGAAGCAUAUUCCUGGGCGCCAUCCUACUCUCCUCCCCACUCAUGUGCCUGCAUGCUGCAAUUGGAUCAUUGCUGGGGGUAGUAGCAGGAGUCAGUCUUGCAGCUCCCUUCAAGGACAUCUACUCUGGACUUUGGGGUUUCAACAGUUCUCUGGCCUGCAUUGCAACUGGAGGCAUGUUCAUAGCACUCACCUGGCAGGCCCACCUCCUGGCUCUUGCCUGCGCCCUGUUCACUGCUUAUCUUGGAGGCACCUUGACAAACCUGAUGGCUCAUGUCGGAUUGCCAUCUUGCACCUGGCCCUUCUGUUUGGCCACACUACUGUUCCUUUUGGUGACCACAACAAACUCCAACAUCUACAGGAUGCCUCUCACUAAAGUCACUUAUUCUGAAGAGAACCGCAUCUUCUACCUACAAACCAGGAAAAGGAUGAUUGACAGCCCUUUGUGAGGGCAACCCCACCCCGGCCAUGGUCACACCCAUUUCUGACAACUGCUCCAGUUGACUUCCAGGGGCUCAGCACACUUAUUCUCUUCACCAGGAACAACUUUUAUCCAUCUGUUCUUUUCCUUUUUCUUUUUGACUCUGGGAAUAUCAUUGAGCAUAUGAGAGCCACAUCCAGGUGAUGUGCUCUGAUAUGGAAUUUUAAACCCCAGUAGGGGUUGGCGCUAAGACUGUACUAUAUUUAUAAAGUCAAAAGGCUCCAACAAAAAGUAGUGAAAGUGGAGCUAAUCAUUGAUAUUUAUUGAUAUUUUUGGUAUAGAGUUGGCCAAAUGAAGUUAACAGUAUUAAAAAUUAAACUUCAUUAACCAACUAGGCCUUAUGGAAUUCAUGGUCACAAAAUUGAAGUCAACCCAGAAUUCUCAGAUGUAAACAAUUUGGCUGUUUAAAAUCAAUGCAAGUGACAUGUUGCAGUUUUGGUCAACGUUGCAGGAAUACUGGCUGAUCACUGGGUUGGUCUCCAGUUCCCCAGCAGAAUGUCCUCCAUACUGCGUUCUCUGUGUGUGUGUGUGUGUGUGUGUGUGUGUGUGUGUGUGCGUGUGUGUGUGCAUGUGUGAUUAUCUUAUGGGAGAAGAUUGGGUUUUUCAGGCUAACAGUUGCAGGAGGGAAAAAGGGACUUUGUCAAUCAGAAUUAUUCUGUACUGCUACUUUUCUUGGAAAUUGCAAAUAUUUUUUCAGGAGGUUUUAUUAUUUUUCUUAUGAGAAAAUAAUUUGUUUUCAGUGAAAUAAAAUAACUGAAGUUCCUGCCUUAAACAGACUUUGAACAUUAAAGAAAACUUACAUAUUUAUAAAAAUAAUUAGCAUAAUUAUUUAUAAAAUACUCAGCACAUUUUUACUUUAAUCCUUAUGUGAUUCCAUUAAGUAUCUGGAAUCAUCAACUUUCACAGCCCCUUAAUGUCACAUUUUUAAUUCAUUUGACAAUGUCACAUAAAGACUGGUCAUUAAAGUUAAAUUGCUUGCAGGUAUUACUUUACAAAUUGCCAGAUUUUCUUUUUAAACCCUCAUUACUUUCUAUAUACUAAGAAUAUUCUCUCUCAGAAACCAAUGGUGUUUGAACCACCAGAAGAAAUGCAGGUAAAUAAUUUUCCUUGUUUUCCUUAUUUUAAAUUUGAAAGUUAGGAUUUCUGUAAAGAUUCUAUGACCAAACAUGCCUUCCUCCUCCAUACAUUUCUGUUCAGCAUUUAGGAGAUUGGAAGAGUGAAAUUGAAACCCGAAAGAUUUUUUUCCUCUUUCAGUCCUCAGUAUACAAUGUAAAGUUUGUUGAAUGGAUAAAUAGAAGUGGGGCAGUAAAUAAAUCUAUCUUUUAGGCUGAAGUUCACUUCUUCCUCUUUUCAGGAAAACAAACAUGCAAAUACUGUUCCAAUUUUUAAAACCCUGUGACCAAAACCUUUUGAAAGCAUGAAAUUGCAACUGUCACAGAUUUACGGGUAUUCCUGUGGAAAAACUGAAUUCUUGGUGUUUGAACUGAAAUCUUCCUUAUUAGAGAAUUUGUGAAAUAAGAACUGGAGGGAAAGAAAAAGAAAAGCAAACAGGACCAAUGAUUUCUACCAAUGAAGACUCUGUGUGUAGCUGAGCAAAGCAGAGACUUCAGACACCAACCCAAGUUGAUCUUCAGAACCAAGCUUCUGCUGUGUUCAUGGCAGCACCUUCUCCCCAUGUGCUCACACAGAUCUGCAAAUACAAAUAUUUUAAAGCCUUGUACAUUGUCUUAUUUAAGUAAUAUUAAUUUUCUCAAGUUAUUUUUGUUACUAAGUAUUAUACUAAAAAUCAAGUGAGAAUUCUUAGGGAACAUUUGUGGGUUUUUUGCUACUGUCUAUAAUAAAUUCCUAUGU